CUCGACUGCCGCGGGGGACUGCCGCCUGCCCCGGCGCCCUGCCGCCAUGUCUCGGGACGCGAAGCAGGCCAAGAAGCUGGCAGGGGAGUGGAUUGUCACGCGUCGAUCCUGCAGUGCACGGAUGCCGUGCUCGGCCGGUGCAUCUUCACCGAGAGUGGCGACAUCGUCUACCUGGCCGCCUCGAGCGACCUGAUCGGGCGGGGCGUCGGCAAGUGGGUCUCCGAGGGGACCGUCGUGGGCUUCCAGGUGGACAUCUACCAGUACUCGCCCACCACCCAGACGCACGUCCACGGGGAGCCGCACAGGUUCCGGGGCAUCGCGAACUGGAUCGCCUCGGAGCAGGAUAGCAGCUGGGCAGGCGAUUGGCACUUCUGCCCGUUCCAGCAGCCCCCGCGCGUGGUCGGCAAGUUCAAGUGCUUCCGACACGUGCCAGGUGGGGUGCCUCCCCCGCCGAGGGCUUCAGAAUGCCCAGAUGUUCAGAAGAAGGCCGUGAUCGCGAGGCUUGACAAGUUGGUGGAGCCACCUCCGAUGGCCGAGCCGCGAUGGGUCCCGCACCACCUGUCUGGUGACAUCCAAGACGUGCACUACGUGCGAAGCUUUCUCGAUCCGAAGCAGGUCGACGAGUUCAUGCGAAUCAUCGACAAGACAUGCGAGUGGGAGCACAUGAGUACACGGGACACCCAGGAGUUCGGUUCAUCUGAGCGCUGCCCCUGCGGCAGGAGCCUGAUGAGGAUGGCGCUGCCGCAGUGGCAGGGCAACAUCAUCAACGCGCUCAGCACACUGGGCGUCUUCCACCCGGUGCUGUUCCCGGCCAACAGCGUCCGGCUCAACUCCUACAAGCCCGGGCAGGGCAUCCACCCCCAUUUGGACGGGCCGGUCUACUUCCCCCGCGCGGCCAUCAGGGGCCCCUUCCAGUGGGACCGCGACAAGGAGGUGCCGGCCGGUCCGGACAUGCCCGUGGGUUGCAAGCCGAAGCUCUCGAUAUUGCUGGAGCCCGGCAGCCUCCUGAUCUUCUCAGGGAGCGCGUUCAUAAACCACCGUCAUGGCAUACAGGCCGUCGAGGAGGACGAGAUCGGCCCGCAGGUGCGCAACGCCAAGGACAUCGGGCUGUCGACGGGCGACUCGCUGAAGCGGGGGCGGCGCGUGUCCCUCACGAUCCGGCACCUGCUGCCACGGUGUCAGUGCAGCAGCAUUUGCUAGGCUAGCGCGGUGUAGCAGCAAUUCAGCCUGCGCAGGUUCCCUUUGAAUACAAAAACUUUUUGUAUUUGGCCCUGGGG